AUGUCUCAGCAUCGUCCAUUCAACGGGUCCAAUCGCGCCUUCAUUCUAGCGGCUAAGCAAAGUCGUCGCCAGUAUCGAAUGGAGGGGUGGCAUCGUGUAGAGGUUCAGCAGUCUAUCUGUGACCGACUGGAGGAAGAGGACGAGACUUGUGACCCACUCUGUCUUCACUGCAGAGAGGAAUUCCAUUCGAUGGAUGAUUUUUAUGAUCACGAGCAAGCAGACUGCUGGGUCGCAAUAAGCAGAUUGCAGGUCGAGCAGGAGUGGUCACCAGCUUUGUUCGCAUAUGUUAGGCGGGCUGUGAAUCCUGAGAACCGUGUACCUGGAUGGACAACACCCGAUAUCAUCAAGUCUCUCGAGGCAAUGAUCAUGAGCAAUGACAGAGUUGGUGCAGCCUGGGAAACUUUGGAACUACCACAGCACAUCGCUCAGCCAGAACCAGUCGUUAAAAUCAUUCGGCCCUUUGAACUACUAGGCUUCACGGAAUCGAAAUCUCCAGCGCCAUUGGUCUAUGCAGAUGUAUUUGAUCCUAAGUAUUCUGUGGAUCCAACUCCUAGAGGGCUUUUUGAGCAUUCGGAUGGUUUACCUUUUGUGGCCCAUCGAGAUCCUGGCGAGAUGCUUGUUUACUCGGACGGAGCCUGUCCCAACAACGGUACAGCUUUCGCUCGAGGAGGCUGCUCUUAUAUAUUCCGAUGCAGCGAUGAUGUUUCUCGGCCAUGGAAUAUUCCUAGAGGUGCUUACUGCAUGCAUGGAGCAUUCUUCUUCCGACUUGAAGAUGUUGGCCCUACCAACAAACGCGAACAGCCCACCAGCAAUCGCGCAGAAUUGCGUGCCGCUAUAGCAGCUCUCCGAUGUAUUGGUUCUGAUCAAAACCAAGCCAGGAUCAGUUUCUCGGUGCCCAAAGACAAAUCAAAGCUGGUUGUUGCAAUGGAUUCGGAAUAUGUCGUUCGAGGAGCAACCAAAUGGAGCAAAGAUUGGGAGAGGAAUGGUUGGAGAUCGAGUUAUGGAACCGUAGUCAAGAAUCAAGACCUCUGGAAAGAGCUGCUUGCGCGAGUCAGGGAACUUUUGUCCCAACAAUGUGCGAAGGUUUCGUUCUGGCGCAUAUCAAGGGAGCUCAAUGGAGAUGCAGAUAGGCUGGCGAAAUAUGCCGCAACUUUAAAGGCACGUCCUCGCUUUGGCGUCCCAGCAGCUGGAGCUCUACAGAUCCUAGUUGAUCCAAGUCAGACCUAG